AUGCCUAAAUCGGGAAUUACGUAUAUAACAACGCAAGAUGAAACGAAUAAUUCGUUAGAUUUUGGAGCAACGAUUCCGUGGACGAAAGAAGUAACAGAGGAGAAUUUACCAGAUGACAUUAUCUUUCCAAGAGAAUUAAAUUUGUUCUUGCGGAAUCGAAUUCAAGAUUUAACUGCCGAGAAUGGUUGUUUGCGUCGAGCACUCGACGAGGCGGAGGAAAAAAUUCAGCGAGACCGGGGUACAGCGGAAACUGUGCAGGGAAGAAUUUUAGGAAAAUCUAACGAGUUAGCAGCCGCGAAGAUAAUCGAGCUUAGCAAAAGGUGUAGAGAACAAAUAUCCGAGAUCGAGGUUCUAAAGUCUAAAUGUAAAAAUCUAGAAUAUAAUUUAACUAACAACAAAGCAACAGAAUUGGAGAAUGAACGUCGCGAGAGGGGACUUACGAAGAUCGAUUCCUCUAACGAGAGUACCGAGAACAAUCAGCCGAAGAUAGACGAGGAUCGAUUGAAACAUCUGUUAGAAAAAUUGCAGCAAACCCAAGGGAAACUGUACGAGUCUAAAAAUAAUUGCGCUAGUUUAAAACAGGAGAUUAACAAAUUGCACAAGUUACUGUGCAGUGAAAUAGGCGAGAAUCUAAACUUCGGUAACUUGUUGUUGAAUCAACCUGGCGGAUGGCGAGGGAGGGCGGAACAGAUUCAUCUGCUUCAACAGAAAGUAACAGAAUUGCAAACGAAAUUAUCUGACUACGAAGGAAUGCAAAAAAAAACGUCUAUCGAACGAAAGAACCUUGCGAAUGUUCGAAACGUCGAGAAGGAAAGGCGACGACAGAUGGAAGAUUCGGCGAAGCAACUUCGACAAGCUGAGGUAGCUGUUGAAGGGUACAAAAGGAAGUUAGAGGCUUCGAAGGCGAGGAUAAAAGUGUUGGAGAACGAGUUGAACGUCGCGAGGGGAAACAUUGCGAUACUGAACGAGAAAAGAUUUCACGACGAUCAUUUGAUCGAGACGCUUGGCAAUCGGCUUAAAACGGCUGAGACGAAGCAUCAGGAACGCGAGGUCGAGAUGAAGAACAAAGAGGAGAGAAUCGAGCGUGAACGGACCAACUUGCAGAACGACUUGGAAUCGGCACAAUUACAGAUCGAUCGUUUCCGUAGGAAAUUGAAGGAACGAGAGAUCGAGAUCGAUAAAUUGAGAAACGGGACAGUUUCGAGGAUAGGGGAGAUUAAAGCUCGAAACACGGUGCAAACGGAGGUGUUCCCGAAUCAUUUUCAACACGAUAGCCCUCCUCGUACUGUUCGAAGUACGCGUGAACCUAACGAGUAUGUGACUUUAGCUUUGGCCGCGGAAGCUGAAAGGGAGAGACUAUUGGAAUUGAUAACGGUGCUCAACAGGCGGUUGGAUAAAGAGAAAAACGAUGCCGACAUACUUUCUCACGCGUUGCGCAAUGAAAAAAACAAGUCGGCCAAGUUGGAAUUGAAGAUUCGUAAAUUGGAGACGGAAAGGGUGGGAAUCGUUAGGAUCGAUACAGGAUACAGGGCGAAGUUACCUAAAUCGUUGAAAUCCGCCGACGAAACGAUGGACGUGGAACAGAUGCGGCUUAAAAUGGAGUUACUUCAAGAAGAGUGUCUCGCGUUGAAAGUUAGAUUAGACACCGUGCAACAGGCCAAAGCUGCGGAUCUUGCUGCCUACAAGCAGAUGUACGAGCAGGUUAAAAGAAUUUUUCAAGAAGCCUGCACCAGGAGCAAACCACCGCCUACCAUUGGUAGCCGUUCUAUCAUUACGGUUUGA